AUGGCUGCCAGACGUGUGUUUGCUAUGCUCCUCUUUUUGUGUAUGUGUAACAUAAAACUUUUAAUAUUUGAUAAAUAUAACAAGCACAGACUCGAUAAUAAUGAUAAUGAAGCUAUCACAUAUGGUGUGAACGAGUUGCAUAUGAUUUUAGUGAAGAGACGAAUAAAUAUUGUGGCAAUGAAUUUCGCUAUGAAUUCGAACAAAAUGGUGAAAAGGCCUCAUGUUAGAUGGACAAACCAUGGGCAUCUCUGCCUCUGUUUACAAGAUGUACAUCCUGCUGCUGAACUAACUAUCUGCAUGGAUAUCUCUAGCAAUCCUGGACCGGCAAAUAGUGCAGAAACAUCCUUAGACAAGAAUUGUACAAACAACACAUCGGCAAUAUUGCAAACCCAUAAAUCGGUAUGUAAUCAAAGUUGUUCAUUUCGCCGUGUAUACUCGAGAAGGGAGUUAUGGGAUCUAAAAACCAUCCCAGCAUGUAAUAAUCAAAUUCUAAACCAGAUUAAACAGUCAGGAUUGUUUCGUUUCAGAGGAAAACGAGCCGGCCGUAGGCAUAUUCGCAAGAAAUACGAGGUAAACAACAAGAGCUAUAACAUUCCUGUGAUAAUAAACCGUGGCCGGAAAAGUCAUUAUAGGCAUGAACAUAUGCAUAUUAGGGAACGAAAUCUAAUACCAAUCCCAAGAAAUCCUACAAUUGAUCAUCACUGUGUAAACUACCCGAUGCCCAAAUGUUUACUGAUAAAUAUAUGUGGCCUAAAUAAAACCAAAAAUCGAGUACGAGCACCGGUUGCCCUCGCAGCGGAUAUGAUUGCCACAGACGUUGAUAUUUGCAUUGUUUCGGAAACUCACUUAAAACCAGAUACUCCAGACUCGGUUGUAGCGAUAUCAAACUACGUAUUACAUAGAAGAGAUCGAAACUGCUUUGGUAAUGAUAAAAGAAAGGGCAGAGGGGUAGCGGUCUAUGUUAGGAGUAACAUUCAUAUCGAAAGUGUUGACCGAUCGGACAAAUACGAACCAUUUCAGUCAUUGUAA